GUCGCUGCAUCUGCGCGGGCUCGUCGCGACACACACACGCACAACCUGCACGCCCCGCCGCCUUCGACCAUGACGAGGAAUGAGACGGUCGGCCGCCAUGCUUCGGUAGAGAGCUCGUGGAGUUCGCGCUCUGGCGACACCAUCCGGCCCUAUGGACGCGCGGGUUCGCUGAGGGGCACGCCCGUCACCGUCAAGACGGACAAGUCGCUCAAUUCCAAUGCUGAACGGGAAAGCGAGAUAUCGCCCGGCACCGUCCCCCCAGCCCCUCCACCAAAAGACCCCUCGCAUCGGCCAUGGAAGCCUUCCCAUAGAGACGGCGUCGCCAUGAGCCCCUUCGGAGAACACCGGAAACAGCUGGCUGUGUUGGAGACCUCUGGAGGAAGAGUGCCCGUCAUAUCGCGAAACCCGCCCACCGCCACGAGCACCACCCAGGUCACGCCCUGGUCCUCCUCCUCGGUGCCCAACGGAAGCGCCAUGGCCAACGGCAUCUGGAGCAGCUUCUUCAACGACUCCAAUGAAGACGUCUCCUUGGCAUCGCCGGGCUUCCGCCCAGGCACCGGCAGCCGCGAGGACAACAUGGGCUUCCCGUUGAAGGACGACAGGCGGCCCUCGGUCGCCAGCGCCACCACAGUCAGCAGUACGGGAUCAAAGUCGAGCAUCGGUCGAGGCUUCCACAAGAGGCUGCAAAACGUAUUUGGCGAGGACUUUCCCGCCGAUGGCCGCCAGAGCUCAGAAACCAGCUUGAGCAUGCCGUAUGGAGGCGAUUCGCAACCGCCGCGUCCACAGCGCAACCGGGGCAACUCCCUCAACAACACCAUAGGCAGCGGCCACCACUCGCGACCAACCUCGCCUACCAGCUCGCGCCCACGCACACCGCAGGCGUCGUCUGAAGUCACGCCAUGGGAGUACCAGGAUCCCAAGGACAUAGGUGCGUACCCUGAGAAUGGCGGACGUCGUUCGUCCGAGCAACAUUCAGCAAAGUCCGGCCGAUCGCACCACAAGCUUAAUGUAAGGCUGCCGGGCACCACUCACCGACACAAAGGGAGCAAGGAGGAAAACAAGGCGCCAUCAGAGGGACGACCGGACACUAGCCAAUCUUACACUCUGCGACCCACUACUAGCCGCGAGGACUCCACAUUCAGUGCCCGCCCGAACCAGCCCUCGGCUCUGAGCUCUGCUUUCGCCUCCAAGACGAGUCUGUUGGGGCGCCCGUCAAGUCCUACGCCAAGCUCAUACUCGGAUAUGACACGGGAUGAAAAACUAGCACAACGGUCGCCCAGCACUAGCAAGCCAGCCCACGGAUUCUUUGCACGGUUGCGAGGCAAGGACAAAUCGGAUCGAACCGUGCAGCAGUCGGACAGCCUCAAGAACCUGAUUGCCUCGGGGACCGCCUCUGCCACCUCGCUAAACCCGUCCAUUACUCCUGCUCGGCUUGCAAGGCAAGAGCCUUCUCCACAGGUCAACAUGGCGAGGCGCCAGGUAAACAACCCUGGCUUUGAUGAUAAGUCGCAAGGCAAGGAGCAUAGGGGUAGGGCCCCUCAUCACCGGUUGCCUACUUUCAGGAAAGACAAGCGCGCGCCAGUCAACGAGCCCACCGGACGGGAUCCUAAUGACAAUAUUGCUAGCACAGCAGGCAACGAUGCCGUAUUCUUCUUGGACAGAAAUCUGGACGACAUGGAGGGCAUUGUCAACCUGCAGCAGCAACCGCCAAUGACGCCACCCGUGGGAGAGCUGCAAAAGCAGCCGACGUUUGGCGAGGAUUUUGGGGUUCCGCCCGAGGACGAUGGCACCGCGGCUUGGGAUGCUCCGGAUUCUUGGGCCGUGAAGCGUAUGAAGGACGAAAUCGAGAAGCCGACGGACGUCGAGGACAUUCCUACGCCUACCAAAGAAGAAAACGACAACAAGACGUAUUGUUUGCGCAUAUUCAGGGUCGACUCGACUUUUGCAACGCUUUCGGCCACGCUCAACACGACGGUAGCAGAGAUUGUUCAAAUUUUAGGAAAAAAGACCGUGCUGCAGGACGAACUGGACAAUUACCACAUUGUGAUGCGCAAGCACGACACCUCGCGGCAGCUGGACAGCAGUGAGCGCCCUCUACUCAUACAGAAGCGACUCCUAGAACUCGCCGGAUAUACGGACAAGGAUCGCCUGGAAGAUGUCGGCCGCGAGGACAAUAGUUAUCUCUGCAGGUUUACUUUCCUCCCUGCCAAGAUGAGUGGAUAUUCGAGUCUGGAGCGGGACCCUGGCUUCAGCAAGAUGCAGAAAUUCAGUCACAUCGACCUCCAAGGGCGCAAUUUGAUCACCAUUCCUAUCACACUGUACCAAAAGGCGACUGAGAUAAUAUCACUCAAUCUUUCCCGUAACCUAUCACUAGACGUCCCCAGAGACUUCAUACUUGCCUGCACCAACCUAAGAGAAAUCAAAUACACGAGCAACGAUGCCCGGCGGCUACCUCCUAGUCUUAGCCUCGCUAGCCGCCUGACCAUGCUGGAUAUUUCCAACAACCGCCUGCAGUCGCUCGACCGAGCUGAGCUGUACAAGCUGCAAAGCUUGCAAGGCCUCCGACUCUCCAACAACGGCCUCACCCGACUACCGCCCUACUUUGGACAAUACCGCGCACUCCGCAGUCUGAACCUGAGCUCCAACUCUCUGAACGAGUUUCCUGAUUUCCUGUGUGAAGUGCGGACGCUUGUCGACCUCGACAUUAGCUUCAAUUCGAUCUCGAGCCUCCCCAAGAUUGGACAGCUGACUUGUCUGGAGAGGCUCUGGGCGACAAACAACAAAUUAACAGGCAGUUUUCCGCCCACGCUCAGCAAUCUGGUCAACCUUCGGGAAAUCGAUGUGCGGUUCAAUGCACUCGAUAGCAUGGAUGUCAUGUCCCAGCUACCGAGACUAGAAUACCUCAUGAUAGGUCACAACUCCAUCUCGGCAUUUGAGGGCUACUUCCCGAAGAUCCGCGUGCUGCACAUGAACCACAACCCCGUCACACGAUUUGGCCUUACGCAACCAACGCCGUCGUUGUCAGUACUUAAUCUUGCAUCGGCAAAACUGGCCCAGCUACCCGAUGAUCUCUUUUCCAAACUUACGGGUCUCACUAAGCUUAUUCUCGACAAGAACCACUUCACGUCGAUAUCGAAAAACAUUGGAAAGCUGUACAGACUGGAGCAUUUGAGUGUGGCUCGAAAUUCGCUCGACGUAUUGCCUGCGGAAAUUGGACGGCUUGUUGAGCUUCGGUAUCUGGAUGUGCGAGAGAACAAUCUUAGCGUACUUCCUCAGGAGCUGUGGUACGCACGUCGGUUGGAGACGCUCAAUGUAUCGUCAAACGUCCUUGAUGCGUUCCCCAAGCCAGGUGCGGCGCCUCCCCAGGUAACCAAUGGUGAGCAGCCACAGACAGAUGGGACUGUGACCACACCGAGUCUUAAGGCGACUCCAAGUUACGAGGAGCUAGGAAAACUGGAAGACUUCCAGAACCGCCGUCCUAGUCAGGCGUCAGGUGGACUUACCGUCAGUGGCUCGCCUGCUCCGUCAAACCGAAAAGGAUCCAUGGCCUCCUACAACUCAACGAGUACCGCGCGCAAGACAUCAGUAGCGUCUCGCGCGCCAACUGAAGGAACUGUGACCCCCAUGUCCCGCAAAGAUUCCAGUUUGAGUAGUCGGCUGGCCACCACUUUUGCGGGCUCCCUACGACAUGUGUUUCUGGCUGACAACCGCCUCAACGACGACGUCUUUGACGAGCUAUGUCUGCUACCCGAACUGCGAAUCGUGAACCUAGGCUACAAUCUCAUCUAUGACAUACCGCCUCGCACCAUUCGUAGAUGGCAACAUCUCACCGAGUUGUAUCUGUCAGGCAAUGACCUGACAUCCUUGCCAGCAGAGGACCUCGAAGAAGUCGGCUCACUCAAGGUACUUCAUAUCAACAACAACAAGUUCCAAGUGCUGCCCGCCGAACUUGGCAAGGUCGCGCAGUUGGCCGUUCUCGAUGUUGCGAGCAAUUCGCUCAAGUACAACGUCUCGAACUGGCCAUACGAUUGGAAUUGGAACUGGAACCAUAAACUGCGGUACCUCAAUCUGUCUGGCAACAAACGCCUGGAGAUCAAGCCCAGUGGAUCGUACAGUGCCAACGGCACGAGCAUGCGCGAAGGUCGCGACCUCACAGACUUUAGUUCUUUGAUCAACCUCAGGGUUCUUGGUCUGAUGGACGUUACCAUGAUGGUGCCUUCGGUUCCCGAGCAAUCAGAAGACCGCAGAGUUCGUACAGCAGGUUCGGCUGUCGGCACAAUGGCGUACGGCAUGGCAGAUUCACUGGGCCGCAACGAGCACAUUUCGACCAUGGACAUGGUUGUACCCCGCUUCCGCAGUCAUGACGAUGAACAGCUGUUGGGGCUGUUUGACGCACAACCACUUGCUGGAGGCGGUUCCAAGAUCGCCAAGUACUUGUACGACAAUUUCAAGAACCGAUUCGCCGAUGAGCUUGAACGCUUGCGACCGCAGGAGACCCCGUCAGAUGCCCUGAGACGAACCUACCUAGGGCUCAACAAGGAACUGGCUACUGCUGCGACCCAAGCACUCGAUAAGAACGCUUUCACGUCACCGACUCAACAACGCAGUUCGGUGCCCGAGCUCAGCGAUGACGAUCUGACUUCGGGAAGCGUGGCUACUGUACUGUUUCUGAAAGAGAUGGAGCUUUACAUAUCCAACGUCGGUGAUGCACAGGCACUGCUGAUUCGAUCUGAAGGAGGACACAAGAUUCUCACACGAAAACACGACCCCGCUGAGCCAGGAGAGCGGGCCAGGAUACGAGAGGCUGGAGGAUUCGUGUCGCGGCAGGGAAAGCUCAAUGAUGUGCUUGAAGUUUCACGAGCCUUUGGCUACGUGCAAAUGUCACCAUCCGUCAUCGCUUCGCCCCACAUCAUGAACCUGACUCUGGGCGAUACUGAUGAGAUGGUUUUGGUCGCUUCCCGGGAACUCUGGGAAUAUCUCACGCCAGACUUUGCCGUCGAUGUUGCACGAUCCGAGCGCAAUGAUCUUAUGAGCGCUGCUCAGAAACUUCGCGAUCUGGCGAUUGCAUUUGGUGCCACGAACAAGAUCAUGGUCAUGUUGCUCGGAGUCAGCGAUCUCAAGAGCAAGCAGCGUGCUCGGUACCGCACUCAGAGCAUGUCUUUGAUUCCUGCUCCCGGCGCUGAUCCCGACUGGGGCGCGUCCCGCAGGCGUGGAAAGAAGGGUAAUCUUGUCGGCGAUUCCAAGCUGGCGCGACUUGACAAUGAGGUGGACGCGCCAACUGGAGAAGUCAGCCUGGUGUUUACCGAUAUCAAGAACUCGACAAUACUGUGGGAGACAUAUCCAAUUGCCAUGCGAUCCGCUAUCAAGAUGCACAACGAGCUCAUGCGCCGACAGUUGCGCAUCAUUGGCGGCUACGAAGUCAAGACUGAAGGUGAUGCCUUCAUGGUUGCUUUCCGCACGGUAACGUCGGCGUUGCUUUGGUGUUUUACGAUCCAAAGUCAGCUGCUGGAGGUCCAAUGGCCCCAGGAGAUUCUCAACAGCGUAAACGGACAAGAGGUGGUGGAUGCUGAUGGUAAUGUCAUUUUCCGAGGUCUAUCAGUGCGCAUGGGUAUCCACUGGGGUACACCUGUGUGCGAAGUCGACCCCGUCACCAAGCGUAUGGACUACUUUGGUCCCAUGGUCAAUCGCGCCUCGCGUAUCUCGUCUGUCGCCGAUGGAGGCCAGAUCACAGUCUCAUCGGACUUUAUUGCCGAGAUUCAACGUCUCCUCGAGACGCACAUUGAGGGCGACCGCAACAACUCGGCAGGUUCAGAAGAGGCGUAUGGCGAUGAUCUUAACAGCCAAAUGAUCCGUGGCGAACUGCGCUCUCUGAGCAGCCAGGGUUUCGAGGUCAAAGACCUAGGCGAACGCCGCCUCAAGGGCCUGGAAAAUCCCGAAUACAUCUACCUCAUGUACCCACACUCUCUCGCCAGCCGUCUCGCCGUCCAGCGACAGACGGACCAGAAGCCAGAGCAGAAAGCCGAGGCUACAGCUGGGCAAAAGAUGGCGGGUAGUCAGCUCACCAUUGACACUGAAGAUGUAUGGGAUCUCUGGAACAUCAGUCUGCGCCUAGAGAUGCUCUGCAGUUCUCUCGAGAGUCCAGGAUGUGUGGAGUUGAAGCCACCCGAGACAGCGCUGUUGGAGAGAAUGAAGAGUCGGGGCGGUGAAAUCACGGAUCGAUUCCUGAUCAACUUUGUGGAGCACCAGAUUUCUAGGAUCGAAUCUUGUGUAAACACGCUUGCCCUGCGCCAUCUGAUAAGGCCAUUCGGUGCUGCCCCUCUACUUCAACAGGCCUGUCACAUGGGAGACAUCUUUACGGAACUGGAGGCCAAGCUGAAGCGGCUUGAGGAGUUUGAACGAGGCGCAAUGGAGGGAAUGGCACCCUCAUGAGAUCCGACAACGACCAUUACACACGCAUUACUGUCACGUCAUGACACCUUAUCGCCCCACGGUGUACGCAAAAGGAGCAGAUGACGACCACGACACGGCAUCAUCAUCAGAAGCAGAAUCACCAUCACCAAAGUCAUACCUUUACAACCACUCUAUGUUUAUCCUAAUCCAUCAGUCAUAUCUCUCUCUCUUUUUUUUUCUUCUCCUCGCUAUUCAUACCUCGGCGUCAUAGCACGGGUCGGGUCAUGGGGGGAGGGGUUCGGCGGAUUCCCCGGCGUCUGUCUGUCUGUAUCAUACCUUGUCACUCUCACACACACACACACACACACACACACACAAACUCAUCCAUAUCCAAC